UAUCAAGCAGAUCACAAGUGCUAACUAUCUAGUAAUCAUCUUCAUUUACUUAGUUUUGAAGGAAAUCAUAAAUUACAUACACAUCCAACUGGUAAAUACAAGUUUUUUAUUGGCCAAUUUGAUUUAAAUAACACAUAUAAGUAGUUAAGCCUGCAAACUUUGAGAAACUCAAUCAUGACAGAGUUUAGGCAAAACCUGCAACACUUCAAGUCUUCCAAAGCAUCUGAAGAAAUGACCUUCAAUAUGGAAGUGAUAAACCAGUUCUCUAAUGCGAUGGAGAGUGCGUUAGAGGAUUUCAAUGAAACAGAAUCGUCAGUGGAAAAUUUCUGGGGCUACCAUUUCCAGUUACCUGAAAACACAUCACCAAGCUCACUUUCCAAUUUUUCUUCUGUUGCUCUACUGAAAUGUCAGAAAGAGUUUCCAGUGAUAACUCGAAGCAGUCUACCGGUAGAUAGUGGACACGAAACCAUGAAAAGAAAAGAGAAACAAGUAUCAGAAAGAAAUUCAGGAAUCCUUUGUGCAGCUUUUGGAAAUGACAGUAGUAAUGCUAGGUCUUCAAAAAACAUGGAAGGAGGGAGGAAAAGAAGGAAUUAUGAGAAAGAACAAGAAAAGCCUGGAGAAGUAGUUCAUGUUAGAGCAAAACGAGGUCAAGCUACAGAUAGUCACAGUUUAGCAGAGAGGGUGAGAAGAGAGAAAAUCAACCACAAAUUAAAAUGCUUGCAAAACAUUAUUCCAGGUUGUCACAAGUCAAUGGGCAUGGCGAUGGUGUUGGAUGAGACUAUCAAUUAUGUUUAUUCACUACAGAAUCAGGUCGAGUUUCUCUCAAUGGAGCUUGCAGCUGCAUGUUCCACUUUAGGCAUAAAUUUUGGCAUGGGGGAUAACAGAAAAGCUUUGGGGACAAGAUCACAUGAGGAAUAGAAGAUAAAGAAAUUAGAUGAGGAAAUGAUAAAGAAAGCACAGUUGCUUCCACUUGAUUAAGCCCUUUUUGACUGCAAAUGGGGCAUUUGUUAUCUAUCUGUUGUCACAAACCACAUGAGUUUGCUUCCUACAUUCAUUUUCCUUUUAGGCAAACAAGAUAGUGUUUUUUCACAAAUCUACAAAAUGCCGAAAACAAAACUACCAGAGAGUGAUUUAUCAGUUUUACAUCUAGUGUAAGUUGCAGAUAGUAGAAAAGUUGCAACCAAAUACCUGAUAUUGGCCAUGUCCGGUCCAUAUGAGAUUCUUAACAGCUUCUUGAUGGGAUUUUGUUAUCUUAUCUGCGUCAUGUCUACUUUUUUAAACAACUGAGACUGUAAUUCUCUUU